AUGUCCCCAUCUCAUGUAGGUGAUUUAACUACACCACCAUCAAAACGGCCAUGCUACCCUUCUUCACCUCCAGUCCUCCUGCACUAUGCUGAGUAUCUCAGGAGUGUGUAUGCCAAUGCUCCUCUUACCUAUCCCGAUAAACUAUCCCCCGAGGUGAACACACCUUAUAUCAAGCUUGCUCUUGUAAAAGGCACUAAAGUAAACAACCUCCAAGAUGCUAAUGAAUUCACACAUCUUACGCUUGAAGGUGACCUUGAUCUGAUAUUUCAACAUAAGGAAGAAAUUCCAAUGGAUAAGGUGUUCACGUUGGACAAUGAUUCAAAGUUACAUCUUGUAAUAGUAGAAGGGGCACCUGGUAUUGGUAAGAGCACGUUUGUGUUGGAGCUCUGUAGACAGUGGCUUAAAAUGCUCUCACUCCAGCCCUUUUCCCUCGUGGUGCUUUUAAAGCUACGAGACAAGGAGAUUGGAUUAGCUGAAGGAGUAGGGGAUCUCCUUCCUUGGGAGGACCAUCCUACAGAUCAUGCCACUCUGGUCGAAGAGGUUAGGAAGAGACACGGGAAGGGUGUUCUGUUUUUGUUUGAUGGCUUUGAUGAAUUUCCUGUUCAUCUCCGACAGACUCCUAGCGCUUCAUAUGUCAUGAAGGUGCUGAAUGGAAAAGCUCUUCCACAUGCCACCGUUCUAGUCACAAGUAGGCCUUCAGCUAGACUACAUCUCCAACCACUAAUGCGGUCGGAUAGCACCAAACUGAUCGAGGUUGUUGGUUUUGGUGAGGAACAAAUACAGCAGUUUGCUGCCAAUGUCUUUGGUUCAGAGUCAAAGACCCUUGCCCGUUUUGAUGACUACUUGCAUGUCAACCCUGUCAUCAGGAGUAUGAUGUACAAUCCCUUGAACUGCUCCAUUAUAACUGAAGUUUUUAGUGAAACGUGGAGAUCAAAAAAGCGUGUUCCCCACACACAGACCCAGCUCUACACUGAGAUGGCUCUUUGGCGUCUGUCGAGGUAUCUCAGUGGUGUCGGGGAUCCAUUAGCCACUGCUCUACCUGAUACCCUAAGUGACAUUCCUAACGAUAGCCCUCUCUAUAAGCAGCUGUUUGAAAUAGGAAAGUUAGCGUAUGAAGGUAAACAAAACAGUACCAUUAUUUUUGAGAGGAUUCCAGAAAACUGCACUGACCUAGGUCUACUCAUUGAACACCAAGCACUCUACAGGCGAAAGAAAAGCAUCACAUUCAACUUUUUUCAUUUAACAAUGCAGGAGUACAUGAGUGCCUUUUACAUAGCUCAGCUCCCAGCCAGUUGA